AGCAUCUGGGGCUGACGCCAAUUUCGCUUCGGAAGGCUGCGGCGCCUCUGCACGCGCGGAGGGCUGUGCCACACUGCUCCUUCGUUCACAGAUCCUCCUCCCUCGCAGUGGCGGCGGCUACUGCACAGGCGUUAGCUUCGCCGACUUCCCCUUCCACUGCAGCAUCGGUGGCUUGCGCCCUUCGUCCUCGUGUGCGGCGUUCUCUCCACGCUGUCCGUCGACGUGCAGAUCGCGCUCGUCUGAUCGGCUACAUCCGGGACCGACCAGCUGGACAUGUCCACGCGCUCGUCUUCGAAGCCGUUCGGACUGAAGCCAAGACUCUAGCGAUGAUCGCCCGCAUGGCACGAUCGUUGGAGCUGCAUGACGGUAUCAUCGGGUGCAACGGGAAUAUCCUCAAGGCGGCGGCCCUGCACACAAGCACCAUCACACUUGCUGAAACAGCAGUUUCACUCCACCAACAAGCUUGGCAACAUUGCGAGGCAUCGCAACUGGCUUACGGCUGAGUCUGGAAGAAGGUCCUGGGCAGAAAUUGUGAACGGCAGCGCCACGAAGAAUCGGGGGUUGCACCUCAAUAGAGUCCCUGAGGACAAGCGUACGCUGAAGAAUUCCCACCUGCUCAGCACGGACACUGACGACGACUUCGGGCACAAGGCCAGCUUCGAGUACCAGGUCGACCUCAUAGAGCCGGCAACUCCUUCCAGGUGUGUUGGGUCAUCCCGCCUUUCUUCGCGCGGUCCCGAAAAAAGGAGAUGGACCGCGUCAUGGAGUCCUUCGGAAACCGUUUGCACGACACUGUGGAGCGUCUGUUCAAGGACAUGCUAAAGACCCCCGGCACGCUCCUCACGCUCAGCGGCGAGAGUGUCCAGACUGCCAUGAACGCGAACUUCGUUGCGAGGGACACGCUUGGCGCCGUCACCAACAAAGUCAUGGAGACGAUGCUGCGGAGCUUCCAGACCAACCUCCUGCAACACCACGCCAAGAGCACCAUUGUGAUCGAGGAGAGUGCCACGAUGAUGGGCAUGCAGACCAGUCCGCUGCACCAUGACUUGGAGACGAAAAUGGCCACCCUCGAGGCGCAGCUGGAGAGGCCCGAGGAACGCCACCUCAAAGAGCUCGACAGAGGGAAACGUACGCGUCCCCCGAGGGCCCCGAGCACGACAAUGACAUCUGCCUCAAAAACCUGCUCGCGGGACCCAAGUCCGAGAAGUCCAGCCAGUUUGCCAGUUUGCCACUUCCCUGGACGGCCAGCGCUUCGACACUGCGGCGCUCACAUGUUGUUUCUUUCCUACCUUGCCGCCGCCUGCGGCGUCCUCACCGACGACGACUACGGCUUCUGAGGCUGCCCGCUGCCGUGCGCAAGAAGCUGUCCGAAGCCACGCGCGGCCAUCA